GGGACCGAAGCCCAACACAGCCAAUGCUCGACGCAAGCAGCCGCCGCGGCUCACUCGAGCGCCGCCAGCCCUAAAAUGAGUCGUCAGCACCUCCGCCGCUUCCAGGCACCGCCGCCGGGUUGCUCCUGGUAGCCGACGCCGAGCCGCCAAGCCCCGUCGCCGGACACGAACUGCGCCGGGAGUCGCUGUCUGUCAGGAGCUCCGUAUCUAUGCGAACAAAAGAGGAAUCCGUGGAGAUACCGAGCCUCGGAUGGAUUAUUUGAAUUUGUUUGUUUGAGGAAGAAAAAACUACUCUCGGAACCGUCGUCCUGUUUUCUUUUUGUUUUUCUAUCCCGAACACCCCCCCUCUUUCUCUUUGGUUGGGUCCUGAGAUCCAGUCAUGGCCGACCCAGAAGAGACUUUCGCCUUGCAAGCCUCUCCCGGCGCUGGGUCCGAUUCGAGGGAGGUUCCGAGCGAGGCCAAAGCCGAGAAGCCCAACGGGACGUCCGGCAAGUCGCCGUCCUCGCAAACCACCUACAUCCAGCAGGGUAUGGAGGGCAUAAAAGUGUACCUGCACGAGAGGGAACUGUGGGUGAAGUUCCACGAGGUGGGCACCGAGAUGAUCAUCACUAAAGCCGGCAGGCGAAUGUUCCCCAGCUUUAAAGUGAAAGUCACCGGCCUGAACCCCAAAACGAAAUAUAUCCUGCUGAUGGAUGUCGUGCCCGCAGAUGAUCAUCGAUAUAAGUUUGCUGAUAAUAAAUGGUCGGUGACCGGCAAGGCCGAGCCCGCCAUGCCCGGGAGGCUGUACGUGCACCCGGACUCUCCGGCCACGGGUGCCCACUGGAUGCGGCAGCUGGUCUCGUUCCAGAAACUCAAGCUGACCAACAACCACCUGGACCCGUUCGGACACAUCAUCCUGAACUCGAUGCACAAGUAUCAGCCCAGGAUCCACAUCGUCAAGGCCGACGAGAACAACGGCUUCGGGUCCAAGAACACGGCAUUCUGCACGCACGUCUUCCCCGAGACCGCCUUCAUCGCCGUCACGUCCUACCAGAACCACAAGAUAACGCAGCUUAAGAUUGAGAACAAUCCGUUUGCGAAAGGUUUUCGGGGAAGUGAUGACAUGGAACUGCACCGGAUGUCCAGAAUGCAAAGCACUAAGGAUUACCCGGUGGUCCCUCGCAGCACGGUGCGCCAACGAGUGAGCUCCAGCCAGAGUCCGUUCAGCGGGGACGUCCAAGGUUUGGCCACCCCGAGCACCCUGAGCUCCCAGUACUCCCAGUGCGAGAACGGCGUGACGAGUACCUCGCAGGACUUGCUGCCCCAGUCGGGCUCCUAUCCCCUCCCCCAUGAGCACGGCCAGGAGUACCACUGCAUCAAGAGGAAAGCAGCAGCAGAGGACGACUGCCACUCGGGCGAGCACAGCUACAAGAAAGCCUAUUUGGAGAGCUCCUCCAGCGAGGACGACCAUUACUACCGGUCGGUGGGCUACGCGCAAAGCUUGGGCUUGGCCGCCGGGCCCUACCGCAGCGAGUCCAGCCAGCGGCAGGCCUGCAUGUACGCCGGCGGCGCAUCGCAAGGUGCCGAGGCCGUUCCCAGCUUGGAGGACAUCAGCUGCAACACCUGGGCUGGCGUCUCGCCCUACGGGAGCUGCUCGGUGGCCACCAUGCAGCCCAUGGAGCGACUGCCCUAUCAGCACUUCUCGGCUCACUUCACGUCCGGCUCUCUGGUGUCCAGACUCGGCGGGGUGGGGAGCCACUCCUCGCCCCAGCUGUCCGACGGUCACCACGCUGCCAUGUACCAGAGCUCGGUGACGCACCAGACUCUGGGUCGCCAGUGCAGCCCCGGCGCAGGGAUCCAGUCGCCGACCGCCGGCCUCCAGGGCAACGAGUACCUCUACACGCAUGGCAUACCGCGCACGCUAUCGCCUCACCAGUAUCACGCCGUUCAUAGUGUCAGCAUCAUGCCGGAGUGGAACGACAACAGCUAGGGGAGCUCUUCGGGGUUGUCGAAGACAAAAUCUUCAGAUCCGUUUAUAUUUAUAUUUUUACUGCAUAUGCUUUCAGCGACACCAGUGAGAUGUCGGCGAACGGGCAGCAGACUUGCAGUUGCGUCCUCCGCACUUAUAAGUGGCAUGAACAUGAGAUAUGUGUGGCUUGAACGCACACAAAGACUGCACACACACA